AUGAGUUUUGCGGGAGAAUGGGAGCCGAAGGUCAAGCUGCCACAAUUAGGCGACCGUGCUGUGGGUAUGUGGGGAUUAGGUGUCGAAGCUUUUAAUGGGAAACUUUACGGUUUUGGUGGACAGGACGACUUGAAGCCCCCGGGCAAAUUUGUGGGCGAAUAUGAUCCAGUCCGGGAUGCGUGGGACGUUAAAGGCAAGUGGCAGCGCGGCAGAUUUCGGGUAAGCAGUGCGAUAGUCAGGGGAAAGAUUUAUGCCUUUGGGGGAACAGAGGAUAAUUUCCAAGCGGUUCCAUUGACCGAUGAAUACGACCCGAAAACCGACACCUGGACGCCCAAAGCCGAUAUGCCUUCCGCGAGGAUGGCGACGCUCACGGCGGUAGUCGGCGGCAAGAUUUAUGUCAUCGGCGGUGCGGACUCUUUCUUCUUUCCGUCCGCUGCGGUUGAGGUCUAUGACCCUGUAAGCGAUACGUGGGAGAAGAAGGCGGAUAUGCCUAACCCGAGAUGGGGUGCGGGCGUUUUUGCAGCACGGAGCAAGAUUUACAUCUGUGGCGGGGCUGUAGAUAAUACGCAUCAAAAGUAUACCGACCUGACAGAGGAAUAUGACCCGAAGACCGACACCUGGACGGAGAAAGCGGAUAUGCCGCUUAAAUUUUUCGAUAUGUCAGCGAGUUUCGUCAACAGUGGGAAGGCUUAUGCCAUUGGGGGGAAGACCUUUAGCGGCAACGACAAAGACGGGCAAAAUGUCGAGGGAUGGAUCGUGCAUUGGACGGUCUUUGAAUACGACUUAGACAAGAAUAGGUGGUCGAGGCUAAAGGAUCAGAUGCCAACCCCACGGUCAACUUUGGCAACCGCGGUGCUUGACGGGAAGAUUUAUGCGGUCGGUGGUCACGGGGCGGCGGACCACGGCUAG